CUGUCAUUUUGCCCAACGUUUAUUUUUUUUUCUCUUUCUCUCCACUUUCCCUCUAUAGUUUCCCUACAAGAUUUAAUCGCGUGCGAAAGCACGUUCGCGGCGAUCCUCGUCGAGGGAAAUUCACGGUCGAAGGAUAUGAAAAAUCGUCGCCAACCGGUCGGACGCGUGCCCCUUUGCAGCGGUCACAUCUCGAGCGAACUGUUUGGUUAGGAAAACAGUAGUGACAAGCACGGGAAAUCGUCGUCCACGGAGGAUCCUUACCGUCGAGAUUCCACCGAUACGAGAACCACGGCCCUGCACGGCAUCCACUGCGUUCGCAGUGGACCGGAAAUUCCGCGGUGGAGAUCCAGACGGGAGAGCAGGUGGAAAGUUUGGAGAGGUUCGAGACACAUCGAGGUUCAUCCACCGUUCGGAAUAAGUGAUCGUUCACGGCCAUUCUAUGUUUCGGCCAGUCGAUCGACCCCUGAGUUUCAGGCAGCGCGCCAGCGAGUGGAUCUAUAAGAUGUUAUUUCUCUGGUCGAGAGAGCCAGCUCCAGGUCCGAAAGCAGGCCCGUGGUUCGCAUGGUUCGCCACAGCGUUGGUUAUCUGGCGUUGCAGACGAAGCGUGGCGAAAGCGAUCUUAGCCGUGUCGCCGUUUAGGUUGUUAAAGAAACGCCACGGUCUACGUUUCGCCACGUCGAGGGCCUCGUCGACGGUCACCGUGAAACAGCAUCCACGAUUGAAGCUAGGAAAUUCGAUAUUACAACGAAAGCACAAACACACAAGUAUCAAGACGAAGGCGAAACGAUUGUGCACCGGUGACGGGCCACACGUGACCAACUCGACCUCUGCGAUGCAGCAAAUUCACUAUAGAAUGACCAGAAGCGGCAAGAUAUACGGGAAAUAUCCGAACAAGGUCGCGAUGCCGGCGAACUGCAACCAAGGAAGCCUCUGAAACGCUACCAUUCCCAUUUCCUCCGACUGCACGUUACCGAUUAGCCAUUUAUGUGACCAUGGCCAAAGUCGCGUUGCCUAGUGAUCGUUCCGUCCGUCGCGUCCAUGAAAAUACCGUGUCUCCAUGUACCACGAUACGUAUCCUUGCUUCUGUCUCCAUGAAAAGUUACUUCAUUAAAUGGACACGUUGUUCUUGCUCCACUACGUGCGAAUACAACAUACCACGAAAUACUGACAUUCGUCCUUUCUUUCUUUUUUUUUUGUUUUCAAAAGAGAUUUUAGAAAUUUGUUUACUUUUAGAGACUGUUUAUUAUAUACAGUAAGUUUGAAGUCAUUUUGAAAGAUAUAUUUGAAAAAAAAUUUUUUUGAUUUAGUGAUUCUUAAAUUCUUUUGGGGCAUUUUGAGAAUAUUGUUGUUGCUUUAUUUUUUAUUAGCGUUGGUGUAUAAUUUCAAAAUUUUAUGUUCCCUCGAUUAGAAUGGAGCAACAAUUUCAUCCGCAAACGAUUCUCGAACCAAUCGGUCGAAAAUAUUGUGCGGUUCAAUGGAAACGGAAAGAUGCAUCUCGUUCACGUGGAAGAAGUAGGUCAAAAAGUGAUCGACGAAGAUUAUGGGGGUGUUUGUAAUGAAAAUUUAAUAAGGUAUAUCGCAGUGUUUCUCUUGUUUUCGAAUGAAUCAGUAGAAAUGUCGAAAUAGAAGGUUGAAUUUGAUCAAAGUAACAGUGCGUUUUCGUAUCAAAGGAGUGAAGCGGUUUAGCAAGGGGUGCGAUUAUUAGUCUUCUUGUUUCUUCCUGAUGUCCUCGACACAGUUUCGGGUGUCGAGGUCGUUUGACAGAGACCUUCGUCGGGGUCACUAUUGUAUCCACAAUCCACGACGACCACGAGCGUCGUUUUCGACUCAUGGUCCCUCUUCUCUCCUCCCAUGUAGGAGAGUAGAUCAAUAAGCAUUCGGUGCGUUUCGAUAGCUCAGGGUAUCCUUAUAUAUGAUUUCCUAUCUUGCACCAUUAUUCGCUGUUUUCCGCUUUUGGUUCAUUUUCAAAUCUGUAGAAAUCUAUGUCUUAUAGCAACGCCUUUGAAUAUGAAACUGAAUAAGAUGCUGAUAAGUUGUUGUUGAUCUUUUCUGCUGAUAUUCCAUUGCACAAUGUGUACAGUUGGGUGCAAAAUAGGCUAUUAUUGGUGAACAUUCUGUAGACCCGUUCAACUUUUAGGUAACAUAUCAAAUUGUCGUGGUAAAUUCGAAACUUUCUUCCUCAUCCUUUUUACUGUGUACCAUUGUUACUUAUGUAUACUGUGCUUUGAAACUUCAUUAUUAUUUAACAGUGCACGUACCACCGAAAGCACUGUAUUAUGUAUUUGCGCAAACACGGAAAAUUCGGGAUAUAGAAGGUUAAAAGUAAGUAUGAUAGAAGAAGCCAUCUAUCAUUUCAGUUUUGCAAAAACUGUAGGACAGGGCUUCUUAAGCUUUUCCACUUAGCGACUCUUUUCACCCGAGCAAAUAUUUUCGCGACCCUGGGUAUAGAGGUACAUAAACUAAAAAUACGAAUUAAAACAUUUGCUGAUAAUAAAUCAUAAUGAAAAUUUAUAAAUUUAUAGUUUUCGGUCAUUGCGGACCCAGGAAUAUUUUAGUUUUUGCUAAAAUUUCUGCGACACCAUAUAGAGUCGCGAAGACUGAGAAACUCUGCUCUAGGAGAAUCUAGGGAGAACUAGGAAGAACCUAAAUAAAAACGAACCUAAAACCAAAGAAGAUUGAUGAGAUACUUAAUUUAAAUUUUAUAAUGACAUUAUAA